AUGUUCUGUUCUGUGUACAACAGACCUACUAGCACCCAUCUCCCUUUACCGGCCCCUUUGCUUGGGGGCUUCUUUCUGACCCUACACCGGUUGAAGGUUCCAGGUGCUCAGCCUCUAUCUAGUUUAGCUGUCCCCAGCACGGCCACAUGGCAUGCCCCCAGCUUGGCCGCAUGGCAUAGUUUUCAUCCUUUAAAUAUCUCGUCAUUCUUGGACAUCUCCGUAUCAUUUCCUUCCUUAAACGAACUUUGUUUACCUUCUCACCACGUGCGGAACCUCCAUCUUUCCUCUCGGAACUUGACUGUUACUCAGCAUAAUUUGUAUUCUUUUUCUUUCUAUGAGUAUUUUUUAUGUUCAAAUGCUUCUAUUCUGCCAGGGAGCCCAGACAGACCUACCCAGACAACCCCACCUAUUAUCAGCUAUCACUCCCCUAACUCACGUGUCGAAGACACCAAACCUCCUAACGACCGGUACCCCACCAACACCAGGGACGCCUCCCAGUCUCAAUAUACCUCAGACCUUGUGAGGUACUUCACCCGGCGGGAACUCAUCACUACUGGACUGCCACCUUUUAACGAUAGACCUGAAGACUACAGAGCAUGGAAGCGGUCUUUCCAGAGUGCCAUCAGACACCUCGGUCUCACAUACAGCGAGGAAAUGGACCUUCUCGUAAAAUGGCUUGGUAAAGAGUCAGGGGAACAUGCGAGGAGGCUAAGGUCAGCCCACCUGAACCACCCAGAAAGAGGGCUCAUGAGAAUAUGGGCCCGACUCGAGGAGUGUUACGGGGCUCCUGAAAUGAUAGAGGAUGCUCUCUUCAAACGAGUAGAUGACUUCCCCAGACUGUCAAACAACGAUCUUCCUAGACUUAGGGAACUCAGCGAUUUAGCUACCGAACUCUUGUCAGCUAGGGAAGAUGGAAACCUUCCUGGCCUCGCCUACCUGGACACUGCUCGAGGGCUCCGCCCCUUUAUAACCAAACUACCAUCCUCACUUCAGGACAGAUGGCUGUCUGUUGGUUCUGAAUAUAAGGAGCGGCACCAAGUUACGUUCCCUCCUUUUAAGUUUUCAACACCACGCGUCGGCAAAACAAAGAUGACAACGACCCCACCCAAUAUUGCCCAUUACAAAAAAAUUCCACUCACUGUUGAAAUGCCGCGCCUUUCGAGAGAGAAACCCUUGAAAGAGCGUGAGACUUUUAUAAGAAACAAUGGCAUCUGUUUCAAAUGUUGCUCCUCCACAGCACACAUAGCGAAAUUUUGCAGAAUGAAUAUUACAUGCAAUGAGUGUAACAGUGAAGAACACAACACUGCUCUCCAUCCAGGACCACCACCUUGGCCCAUCAGCAUAAGAUCCGCUGCAGAGAACGGCGGGGAGGAUAACCCCCCUAUGGCUACUGGAGUGGUUUCGCAGUGCACACAAGUUUGCGGUGGUGACCUCUCAGAAAAGUCGUGCUCCAAGAUAUGCCUCGUCAAUGUUUACCCUGCAGACCAACCAGCCAAAGCAGUGAGGAUGUACGCCAUCAUCGAUGAACAAAGCAACCGGUCUUUGGUACGCUCAGACUUUUUUGACACAUUUAAAAAUGAUGGGCCCAGUUUCCCCUAUUCCCUUAAAACUUGUGCCGGAGUUAUACAAACCAUGGGAAGAAGAGCGUCAGGCUUCCAGGUGGAAUCCUUAGACGGGAAAAACAGCCUUCCACUUCCAAGUCUCGUCGAAUGCGACAAAAUACCCAACGACAGGUCCGGCAUCCCAACUCCUGAGGCAGCCCUCCACCACCCACAUCUGAGAAAAAUAGCUCACCUCAUCCCCACCGUGGAGCCUAAAACUCCUAUAAUGCUCCUUCUGGGGCGCGACAUUCUAAGGGUACACAAAGUGCGCCAACAAAUAAACGGCCCCCACGAUGCCCUAUAUGCACAGAAACUGGACCUAGGAUGGGUCAUAGUCGGCAAUGUCUGUUUAGGGAAAUUUCACCCACCCACCAUAAUAAACACAUUGCAUACACAUAUAUCCGAUGGGGGACGCCCUACCCUUUUCGAACCGUGCCCGAACAAAUUCGAAAUUAAAGAGAGCUUCGGCAUCAGCAAGAGACCAUACUCCACCGAGAUGGAAGACCACCUAUUUCAACGGACCAAGGGCGGCGCCUUCUAUUGA